UCUUCCACUUGAAAUGUUAGUGUCAUCUGAUAAUUUUAUAGAUACUGGAAUCGAGUAAAAUCAAACUGAUUGCAUAAUCGUUUGCCCCAAUCGAAGAAUAAAUGAGAACGUCAGAAUACCCUGAAUAAAAUUAGAAUGGCAAAAACCGCUACAAAGAGGAAGCAUUGAACACGGUCUACGAAUGACUUGCUGUAACCUUUUGGUGAGAAAGAUGUAUGUCGAAAAAUGAUUGGUUAACAGUAAGAAUUUCACGCGGGGAAAAACCUAACAUCCGAAGCCAAGCCAGUGCCUCCGAAAAUCAGGACCUUUUCCCUUACAGAUAUGAGUUACAGACAAUGAAUGACUCGGGUGCUUAUAGUCCUCACACAGGAUCUCAGGGUGCACCGAGUGCUGCUUCACCUAUGUCAGCAAUGUUUUCGUCAAUCCAAAAUGCUGACUUGUUGUUAGAAGGAAUAACAUUUGAAGUUCCAUAUCUGACGAUAUUGGAUCAGCCGUCAGAAAAAUUUAGAUUCCGAUAUAAAUCGGAAAUGGUUGGGACUCAUGGAAGUUUAAUGGGUUCUAACAGUAACAACAAUCGAAGUAAAUCGGCACCAACAGUCAAAUUGAACAAUUAUUCUGAAUCCGCAAUAAUACGAUGUACAUUGUUUACGUCUGACGAAGAGCUAAGGAUUCCACAUGCUCAUAGAUUAAUUCGUCGAGUUGGUGGUGUAGACUAUGACGAUCCUCACAUUGAAAUAUCAUCUGAGAAUGAUCAUAUUGCGACGUUUAAUGGAAUGGCCAUUAUACACACAGCGAAAAAGAACGUGAAAGAUGAAAUCAUAAGAAAAUUACAGAGACAGUUUCUGGAGGAGCGUAGAAAACAAAAUCCAAAUGCGACUCUUAAUAUCAGGGAUACAGCAGAAAUCAAAACCAAAGCUGAGUCUUAUCACAAGUUCGUGAAUUUAAAUAGUGUUGCACUAUGCUUCGAAGCAUUUAUUUCGGAUGGAAACGGAAUAAUGAGCCGAAUCGCAGACCCUGUGUAUUCAAAUACUAUUAACAAUCUCAAAAGCGCAUUGACCGGAGAGCUGAAAAUUUGCAGAAUAAAUAAACUAACGAGCAGUGUAGAAGGACAGGAAGAAAUAUUUAUGCUCGUAGAAAAAGUUGGGAAAAAGAAUAUUAAAAUAAAGUUUUUCGAAUUAAAUUCGGAGAACAACGAAAUUUGGAGUGCAUAUGGUACAUUUUCAGAACUAGACGUACAUCAUCAAUACGCGAUAGUAUUUCGGACACCUGCAUAUAGGGAUCUUAAUAUCACUUCACCACGAAAAGUUUAUAUCCAGUUAGAACGACCAUCUGACGGAGAUAUUUCUGAACCUCUCCAAUUUACUUACAAACCAAGUGACAGGAUAAUGGGCAGGAAGCGGCCACGAAUAUCGUAUUCUGGCAGUUUGGAGUUACCACACAAACAACCAAGCACUGAUAUUAGCAGGGAGAAUAUACUGGACAGUAUGAAUAGCGAAGAAUUAAAAAAACUAUUGUCCGUAGGUGUUAGCUCUUCAAUAAGUGAGGAUGUUCUAGCAGGUAUAGAUCUUAAUGGCUACUUGCAAUUUUUCGAUGCAGAUGAAGGCCAGCUGACGGCUGAUAGUUCAACAGCCUCACAGCAUAAAGAUGACACAAUGUUUGCUAGAAAUAUACUUAUGGACAUUGUACAGUAUAUGAAACUGGAUUCCAAAAAUGCAGGAGAGCAUAUUCAGAAACUGCUCAAUGAUAGGACGACAUAUGGCGACACCCCACUGCAUGCAGCACUUCGAUAUGGCCAACACGAUAUCGUCAAAUAUCUUUUACUGUUAAUAUGUGACAAGGAUUGCAAGGGUCUUUUAAAUCUACAAAACAGUUCUGGAAAAACACCAUUACACUUUGCAAUCUUACAAAAUCAACCUGAAGUUGCGAAAGCACUACUUAUGCUCGGUGCGGAUCCAAAUCGACCAGAUGAAUAUGGAUUUUCUCCAUUACAUAUGGCAGCGAAAAUUCCAGACGCUGGCGUCUGUGUUGACACGCUGUUGUCGAAAGAAGGUAUCAACAUUGAAGCACAUAACGAUGUGGGGUGGUCCCCAUUACAUCUGGCAGCUGAAGCAGGAUCGUAUAAUGCAGUACGUUCACUUGUUCGUGCAGGAGCAAAUGUGAAUAGUACCGACAUGUCUUACGGUCGAACAGCGUUACAUAUAGCUGUUGAGGGUGGACACAAAGACAUUGUCGAAUUUCUACUCAAAAAGACGGACAUAUCCGUAAAUAAGAAAAACUUCAGCGGUAACACCGCUUUGCAUACCGCAGUUGUCCAUCCAGGAACACGUGCAAAAGAAUUAUGCGAAUUACUAAUUCAACAUGGGGCAGACCCACGUAUUCAAAACCAUGAUCGAGAAUCGAACGAUGAAGAGAAAACGAAAGAUUCAUUGGUUAAUGUUAAAAUUGAAGUUGAUUCAGAUGAUGAGAAUACGGAAGUUACGGGACAGUCAUCAUUUGACUUGGCUAUGAAUAAACCAGACAUUUUACAGCUGCUUAAUAGACAGACCGAUGAUAAUACAAAUCAGAUAUGUAUGGUUACAACAAAAUUGGAAUUGAAAGAUGAGAGUAUGAACAUAAAUUGGCUAAAUACUGAGCAUAAAGAAAAGUUGGCUCUUAUUUUAGAUAAAUCGGAAGGGUGGAAAAGGCUGGCAAAACAUUUAAAUCUCGACUAUUUAUUGAAAACAUUUCAGCCUAGUUUCGCAAGUCCAUCUUCGCUGCUUUUGAAUUACAUUGACGUACAGGGAUCCUUAUCUAUCUCGGAGAUGGAGGCUAUAUUACGGGAGAUUGGAGAAGAAGAAGCAACAAAUUAUAUUCGUUCAAUUUCAUUUAUGUAUUCGUAAUCUGCAUGUGUUUUUAUUUAAA